AUGUUGUGUAUGUUCAAAGACUCUUCAAAUAUUCCUUAUGCGUUUAUCUAGCCAGUGUAAAAGGUGUCAUUAAGAUGUGUGUCUCCCUUGUAGCAGCAAUCAAAUCAAGGUAAUUCCAUUUCAUCUACAAAGUUAUAUGCUAUUCCGAAUGAAUUGGUUAGAGAGUUUGAAAAACCAUAAAGAGUUUGUGAUAAUUGUUACAGAGAUUACCUGUAUUAUCAGGAUUUGAUCAAAGUAUACAAAAUAAAAUGGAAUACUAAAUCACUUCUCAUGAGCAAAAUAUUGGGUGACAAAAAGAGAAAGAUUAAGUUUAAACAGCCUCUAGAGUUGUUUGAUAAACAGAACAUUGAAAAGGAUAUACUGACUGGAAGAUCAGAUGCUCAUCUAUUAAAUUACAGCAUAAGAGAAUUCGUAACCCAGAGUUAAUAAGGACUGUAACAAGAAGAAAUUAGGAAAUCGAUUAUUCGUGUUUUGGAACUAUUCGUAGCUCAUAAUCCAACUAUUGGGUAUUGUUAGGGGAUGAAUUAUAUUGCAAUUAUUUGUUUAUGCAUAGCAGAUGAGGAAGGGGCCUUUCUUCUAAUGAAUCAACUCUUUAAUGAGAUUAUACCUCCAAGAUUCUUCUCAAAUUCGUAAGGAGCAUCUUUAAUUGGCUAUCAGGCUGAACUUAACUUUCUUCAAGAGAUGAUUGGUGUUAAUGGUUUCUAAAAUAGAGAAUCCUUAUCUCAAUUUAUCGAACUUUUCGGACCAUAACUCCUAUUAACUUUGAUGAUUUAAGUGCUUAAUACCAGUUCAUUGUUAGUCACUUGGAUUGAAAUGUUCAAACUCAAAUCCUUUAUUCCUAUUGACAAUGUUAUACUGUACACUCUAAAUACUGCGACUAAAGGUUAAAAUCUAAUGCAUCCUAAAAUUCUAAAUAACAUAGGAAAAUUUGUUCAUUAUCCCAAUUUAAUUGAAAUGUUUAAAAAGGAGAAAGCUUACUUUACAAAAUUUGAAAGGACAAUCUACAUAGAGUAAUAUUACUCAAAAACAAGUCGAUCAUGGGUGAAAAAUGAUCCUAUCAUCUUGAAUAAAUUAAAAAAAAUAUCAAAUCUUGAUAUUGAUGAAAUUACAACGCUGCAAACAGAAUUCAAAAAGUAUUGUUUAGAGAAAAGAACCAUUUAAGUUGAUUAAUAGUAAAGAAAAAGUAUGAAAUAAUUAGCAUAAUUGACUGAUUCAUCUGAUGAAGAUGGAGAUGAUCGAUAUAGAGAGUCUUUAAUAAUAUAAUAAUUUAAACUCUAAAAAUAUGGCAUCAAUAUAAAUACAUUUCUUACAUUUAUGGAGAUAUUUUUACGAAAAGAGUCCGAACAUUAUACUUUAGAUUAAGAAAAAUUGUAGUUAAUUUUUAACUUAUUUGAUGAAAAUAAAUCAGAACUCUUAGAUUUUAGAGAAUUUCUCAUUUGUUUAAGCAUUUUGCUGAGAGGAUCUUUUGCCGAUAAGUUUAAGAUGCUCUUCACUGCUCAUACCUAGAACGUCUUGAAAUUUUAAGAUUUUGAAACACUUCUCUCCCUACUUAUACCCUAUGAUAUAUAAUAAACAAAGGAGUAUACUGAAUUCUAAUAGAGAAUCGUUCAGCCUUAUUUCACAUACUUUGAUAUGUUGAGAGUAUUAAAAGAUCCCUUGAUUGUUCAAUUAGAAGUGAACAAAGAGAUGACUGCGUCUCAGAUUAAGAAAUUAAAUUCAUAUAAAGGAAUAAUAGAUUGA